AUGAACCUAUAUGAAAUCUACUUGAGGGUUGGUAGCAUGUCAUCAGUUUUAGAAAAUCUAGUGAGGCUUGGAGCAAGAAGGUUAGGGGUCGUGAGCUUUCCGGCGACUGGAUGCUGCCCUGUGAACCGGCUCCAAAGCAAUGGAACCGGAGACUGUAUGGAAGAGAUGAACGAGUAUGCAGAGCUCUUCUUCGCUAAUCUCCUUGGUCUCUCACGAAAGCUAAUCUCUGAGGUCCCAGGGCUUCAGUUCUCGAUUGGGAACACCUAUCUGAUGACACUGAGCAUCAUCAACAAUCCCUUCGUUUUCCGUAGGUUUCAAAGAGGUGGCAAAAGCUUGCUGUGGGAAUUGUACACUAAAUGCCAGAAUCGGAAGGAGUACCUGUUCUGGGAUCAGUAUCAUCCAACUCAGGCGGGUGCAGAAUUGGCCGCUCUCACACUCUUCACAGGCUCGCCCCCAUCCGUGUUGCCCGUCAACUUUAGCAAGCUUGCUCAGAUUUAUGUCUAUAAUUAG